AUGGACCAUCACUGGGAAACAACGCACCGGCCCCGCCAACAGAGCCAGAGCCAGAGCCAGAUUCAGCGCCCCCGAAUCCACUCUGCGCGCAAAGACGCAUUUGAUCUGCUAGCGGCCAUCGACAUCACCACCUUACCUUAUUCUCUCUGCAACAUUACCCACCCUGAUAUCCUUUCAUACACCAGCUAUCCUACCUGCGUCUUCCACGACCAACCUACGUACCGUACACCACUUGCGAUUCAACCGGGUCCUUGCGCACAUACAACCUUACCCUACGUCAGAGGCCUGCCGCUCUGCUGCGGACGCAGCCACCUAAACCAUAUACCGUAUUCAAAUUCCUGGGAUUGCGACGAUACUCGAGAACCAUAUAGGUCGAAUCGCAUACGAGAAGAAUAUCAAAUCACGCAUCCCAUUCUGCAUGCGCCGAGCACACAGACAUCCUACAGCCAUCGAUUGGAGUCGACGGAACUUGACAACGACACCAGGGGGUGGAUCAUGUGCAUCGUGAGCGGAAUAGCUUGUGUCGUGGGCGCAUCUAUCAUCUGUGUCGACCUCGUUAUACGAUACCUCCCCGGGAAACGCAACUUUAGGAUACAAGACAGCAAUGCCUUCCUGGCAUGCUCUCUAAGUCUGAGUUUCGGUGUCAUGCUUUACUCAGCGUUAAACAACAUGCUCCCAUCCGCAAAACAAUACCUUAAGGAGGAUGGCUUCCAAGACCAGAUCGCUGGGUUCCUUAUCAUGGCCUGCUUCAUUGGAGGCUUUGUUGGCAUUCAGGUCAUUUCACGCCUACUGCAUCAGUACAUGCCAUCUCACGUUGUCGAUUGCGACCACACGCAUGACCAUAACGAGACCGAUACCCGAUCGCGCAGCCAGAGCAGAAAGACUUCUUUGUAUACCUCUAGUCGCCGCUCUUCUCGACGGCCGCUUGUUGAUAGAAUAGCAAAGAAUGGCCACGCUACCGAGUCUACACCACUUCUGAAUGGAGAGGUUGCACACGAGAACGGCGCACCACCCAUGGCGAAGCGCCAUGCCUCGAGUAGGGGCAAUCUGAGUCUCAGCACCAAUCACGCUACCCCCACGACCCGACCCUCGCGAAGCCGUGGCCCCACCGUGGAUAGACGACCGUCCAUGGCCCAAGUCCAACAACGGGUCAUGUCCUUCGUCAAAGACACGAAGACGAAUUGCGACGAAGAGGGGCCAUGCUUUGGAUACACGGAUCCUUGUGGUCAGGAGUGCUUCAAGCACCUGAACGGCCGCUCGACAUCCACAUCAAAGCCUCCGGCUAUCCUGCGCACCAAUACAGGGCACUUUUACGCUCCUAGCCAUACGGAUUUGGAAGACUUGGAAGAGGGUGGUUCCUCGUGUAACUCUCCAAUCAGUGGGACAAUGCGAACUAGCCGCGCAGCUUCGAGGGAACCUUUGCCGGUGCCGGAGCACGAUGAGACGCAUCACCACCACGACCACAGUCACAGUCAUGGCCACGAUCAAUCGCAUCACGAUCAUGACGCUCACGGUGACGGCGAACACGCGGACGAAGAUGUCGAGGCGCAACAUCAUCAUCACGUACCUACCAAUGCCUUCCUCUCUCUAGGCUUGCAGACUUCAAUCGCCAUUGCGCUUCACAAGUUCCCAGAGGGUUUCAUUACUUACGCAACGAACCACGCAAAUCCGGCACUGGGUUUCAAUGUCUUCAUGGCGCUGUUCGUCCACAACAUCACUGAAGGAUUUGCCAUGGCACUGCCGUUGUACAUGGCGCUUGGGAGUCGCAUGAGGGCUAUGUUCUGGGCCGCGAUCCUCGGUGGCCUUAGCCAGCCUUUGGGUGCGGGCAUUGCUGUGUUGUGGUUCAAACUUGCGAAGCAUACUCACCUCACGCCGAAUGCUGUCUCUUACGCUUGCAUGUUUGCCAUUACGGCUGGGAUCAUGGUGCCAUCGCUUCUACGCAUUGAAAAGGCGGCGUGGCAUUGGAUGGGCAUGGACAAGGGUGGCAGGGCACACAUGCAUUUAUACCAUGGAAUAGUCUACGGCUGUGCGGGUGCCAACUUUAUAGACUGGAUAGGUGGCUCAACAUUGAGACUUCUCGUGAGCAUUGGGCCUCUGGCCCUAACAGACAACGUGAAAGCAAGAGAAUUUCAAGUAUCGCUGAACAUUAGCCCUCCGACAAGGCCAAGGGUCAGGAGUGAGAAGCAGAGCGCGGGCCAUCGUGGCUCACGCUCGGCUUGGGCUAUGCCUUCGGCACUGCUUAGAUCCAACGGCGAUAGGCAGUGUGCGGAUACAACAUGCCAUGGGCCAAACAAGUUGAGAUACGCCGGUUUUCUUGAAACAAGAGAGGGUUCGAGAAUAAGUGGCCGUGGGUCCCUAGCCACGCGCUCCCCUUGUCUUCUGACCCACGAGGAGCACGUCGAGGGUCAUCCGAGUAAACACUGGUCGUACUGUAAUCGUGAAGAGAAGAAGCACCACGAAAUUUCCACUCUCAAGCCACAACGCGCAAUCCCGGAACCCCAAUCCACUCCUCUCUCGCCUGACAUCAUCAACCCUUCCUCUUCCAAACCAGGGACUCGCUGGCUCGACUUCUUCCGUCUCUUUGCUCUCCUCUCGAUCGUCACCGACGUUCACGCAUACGAGCUUGACAAUUCUCACUCGCAAACAGUCAACAUGUCGUCGCCGCCUCGCCGUCGUUCGGCCCGGUUGGCCAGCACCAACACGCCCAAGCCGAAGGCCAAAUCCACUCUGGCCUCUGUUGCCGAACGCGAUGAUACUCCUCCUGCUCAAGAGGUCGCUGAGAGUCUGAAUGCGCUCGCCGUCCCGAACCACGACCCCGCGACGCCCUCUUCCCACUCAAACAUUAAGGCCCCGUUGUCGGAAAUGCACCCGAGCAAGGUUCACCCCACCGCAGCACCUCCCUCCGCUACCUGGCUCGGCUUCAGAGAUAUGGACCCCUCAGACAAGAAGGCCGAUCCUCAGGCGACGCCUUCCAAGACGCCAUUCAAGGCCACGGGCGUCCCCGAGUCGCCCUUCACCUUCCGCGUCGCCCAGCCUACCGGCGAUAAUGGCUUGAGCAGCGAUGCCCAGCAGAUGAUGAACGAGCUGCGCGAGGAGGCAGCCAGAAUCAAGGCCGAACUGCUGGCCAAGCGCGAACUGGAGAGAGAGGACGAAGAGAUCAACGGCCGCAGGAUUGCCAAGGCCAGGGGCAAGUCUGGCCGCUACAGUGCUGUCCACAUGGCUGAGUUCAAGAAGAUGGACUCUAUCGAAGGUCAUCCUUCAGCCUUCCGAGCCCAGCCUGGCCGGGUCACUCCUCUCAAGAGCCUGAAGCGGACUCAGUCCAAGGCGAACCUGGACGAUACGCCUACGCAACCCAAGUCUAGUUUGAAGCGAUCGCCCUCCAAGGCUAACCUGGAUGACACGCCGACGCAGCCCAAAUCUGUUCUGAAGCGAUCUCAAUCCAAGCCGAACGUCGACGAUACGCCCACUCACCCGAAGUCGAUCUUGAAGAAACCGUCCAAGAUCAACCUGGGCAUCCCCGAUACGCCCUCGCAGCAGAAGUCUAGCCUCAAGCGCUCUCCGUCCAAGGCCAACCUGGACGAUGCGGACUCCAGCAGUUCCACAAAGUCGACUCUUGGACCUCGACCCAAGUCUCGUAUCUUUGCCAACAUUGAACCGCCCUCAUCAGUCAAGCGUGUGCGACAGCGUUUCGAGGACGAUGCCACCACUGCCCGGCCAGUUUCUCGCGACGGCAGCUCUCUCCCGCGUCCUAAGUCUAGCGGAACAGAUGCGCCUACUGGCCUUCGAUCUCAGCCCAGUCUGGCCUCCCUCACGAGCCCCACUGCAUCUUCCCUGGCUCGCGCUGCUGGUUCCAAGAUGCCCUUGCCUGGCACUCUCACCAAGUCAGCCAGCAAGCCUGACCUGGGAUCGCUCGUCAAGUCACCGUCAAAACCCGAGCUUGGAAUCCUCAGAAAAUCGCCCUCGAAGCCUGAUCUGGGUGGCCUCACAAAGUCUGCCACUACCAACAACCUUGGUGCGCUGGAGAAGACGGCCGAGCUGAAACGCCGAAUUGUGAGCCCCGGUCGCUUCGAAAGAGUCAAGUCGAUUCUUCGUGGCGGAAAGGGAGCCUUGAACCAGACGAAGAGUGCUCUUCCCAAGCCCGCUUCUAGCAUCUCCCAGACUCCUGCACCGCAGGCUGCAGAGAAGACGGUUCCCGCCGUUCCGUUCACGACUCCGCGAAGAAAGUUGUUUAAGAGAGUUGACUUCACCCCGGACACUAACCGAGCCGCCGAUGUACCGAAUACAGUUGCACACCGAGCCUUUGCGAGCAUAAGCCCUAUCCGUAAGAAUGGAGAGGUUGAGUACCCCAGCCUCGACGCCAUGCUCGGCAACGGCAAUGUCACCCAGCGAAAGAAGGGCGAGAAUCUCUAUCCCGACCUGAAUGUUGGAAGCCCGUCUGACAAGGCGACCGAGAACGCCAGUGAGAGCAUCAAGCCUCUGCCUCCGACUGUACCUGGCACAUUCACUUUCCGCAGCGACCACACCAUCCGAUUCGGUAGCGCCUCUCCGACUGGUUUCGGCUCGACUGCUGGACAGGCCAGUGUCCGUCAUGUGCGGGCCUCGCUUGACAUGCCGGGCAGCUUCCCCACUGGCCCCGAGUUCACCUCCAACAAGGAGAACAGGUCUCCCAUGCAGUUCCUGGCCGGAAAGCCCCAUGGAAUGACCAACAAGAAGCGGGCUCGAGCUCGUGAAGAGGAAGGAGACCUUGAGGUGGAUUCUGGUGACAGGGCCGGCAAGAGGCGCAAGGCCGAGCAUGUGCCCGAGGGCGAUGCUCUCCUGGCCCCCAGACUGAUGGGUGCUACCCCGGGCACUAUCGGCAAGAAGCUUCAGAGCCCUCGCGUUGCUCAGUCGCCGAGUCCCACGAAGAAGCGUGGCGGUAUGAGUCUGAGUCGACUCAACAUGCUGGCAAAGCCAAAGGCUCGCAACUAA